AGGGAGUCAUGGGCUGCCAAUUCCUAGCGAAAAUCCUUUGUGAACCACAAAGGUCAACCCCCUGCUCUCCGUCCCUUUCCCUUUGCACGUUCUCUCUUUUCUUUUCCCUCCCAGUCCCAAUUCUCCAGUCCUCAUCACCCCUUUAACUUUCUCUUUUAUAAAUCCCUCCUCUUCUUCUCCUCUCCCUUCUUUUCAUGCCCAGAUGGACCGCUCUCUCGCUCCUUCUAUGUCCCAAGCUCCACACCCUUCUGCCGAGGAAAGCGGCUGGACUUCUUACUUGCAAGAUCUCUCCAACGCUUCCUGUUUCAGCGUUGGUGGCUCUUCUCUGCUCUCAGAUGCUGCUUCUUCUGCUGCUUGGAAAUUCUCGCACCCCCAUCAUCUUCCUCGUAAGCUCACUUUCAAGAAAUCUAGAACCAAACAGAUAUCUCAGGAUGACCCUCUCGAGGACACUGCUAGCUCCCCCGUCAAUAGUCCCAAGGUUGGGAACUUGCAUCCGACUGAAAAGAUUUCCAUAAAGGUUGAUGAUCAUCAACCGGAUGUUGCUGCUUCUAUGGCCAAGGAAUUCAGAGGAGCAGAACAUUAUUCAGAGUCGGUGAGAGAAGAUGAUGAUAAGAAAGAAGGGAGUUUAAAGGCAGAGAGUACUAUUGACUGCACAGACUUGAAGGAAAGGGGACUCUGCUUGGUUCCUUUGUCCAUGCUGGUUAAUUAUUUUGGCUAAGUCAUACUUGUCUGUCGACUUGAUCAAACAAAGAGAAAGAAGAAGACAAGUUGAUUAAGAUGAUAUAGUUUGGGCACUUUUGAGGCAGCUAUUGGAUGCAGGUAACUAAAUGGUAGGGAAGUGAAGUGAAGAACAAGGUGGAUCACAAGAUAUAACAAGUUCCCACUUGCUUAGAUUUAUUUGUGUAUGGGGGAGAUUCAUUUCAUAAUGUUUCAUCACUCUUCACUUUAACUUUGCCUAAGCAUAAGAAUAGGAACUUGGAAAAAAAAAAAAAAUACACAACCCAAGAUAGUACGGUGUUGGCAGUUAUUGAAUCUGUCCUAGAUAUCAUGUCGAAUAACUGAUAUGAUUAUCACAAUUCAGCUACUCUCUGUCACUUUCAACCUCAAAAAUAUCUGUACAUUUGUUUACAAAACUGAAAAAUUCAAAUGAGUAGUUCUCGGUGA